UUUCUCAUCUAUACACAAGUCUUGUUCUUCUCUCUCUCUCUCUCUCUCUCUCUCUCUCUCAAUCCAUCUAUCUGGAUUUCGAUCUCGAAAUGAAUCAAAGCGAUCAAAUAGAACAUGAUUUUUCGCCAUUCAUCCGCGUGUACAAAAAUGGACGGGUAGAACGCCUCCUGGGUGUAAGCAGCGUGCCCGCAUCGGUGGAUCCACAGACGGGCGUCGAAUCCAAAGACGUCGUGAUUUCGCCCGAAACAGGCUUGUCGGCUCGCCUCUACCUUCCGAAACUCUCCGACACGCUGCAAAAGAUCCCGACCCUAGUCUACUACCACGGCGGAGGGUUCUGCAUCGAAUCGGCCUUCUCUCCCACGUACCACCGCUAUCUCAAUUCCCUAGUCGCCGAGGCGAACAUCGUGGCGGUGUCGGUCGAGUACAGGCUCGCGCCCGAGCACCGUCUCCCGAUCGCGUACGACGAUUCCUGGGCCGCGCUCCAGUGGGUGGCCUCCUACGCGUCGGGUGGAGGGCCCGAGGCGUGGCUGACGGACCACGCCGAUUUCGACCGUCUGAUCGUGUCGGGGGACAGCGCGGGCGCCAACAUUGCGCACAACCUCGCGAUGCGAGCGGGGCGUGAGGGAGUGGGCCACGGCGUGAAGAUCAACGGUGCGAUCCUGAUCCAUCCCUACUUUUGGGGAUCGCAGCCGGUCGGGAUGGAGGUGUCCUUCCGAAAGGAAGGGAAGCCGGACCUGUGGACGUAUCUAUGCCCAUCCACGACCGGCUUAGACGAUCCGUUGGUCAAUCCUGUGGCGGAUGGGGCUCCGGACCUGUCGGGCUUGGGUUGCACACGUGUGCUCGUGUGCGUGGCCGAGAAUGAUUUUUUGAAGGAGCGUGGUUGGAUCUACUAUCGCGCGUUGGAGUCCAGUGGAUGGAAAGGGACGUUGGAGAUGUACGCGGUUGAAGAGGAGGGCCAUGUGUUCCAUCUGUUCAAGCCCACAUGUGAGAAUGCUGGGCUGAUGUUGAAACGGUUAGCUGCUUUCUUUAACAAGUGAUGCUACUCUUUUCGUUUUUCAUGCAUUUGUAAGCUUUUACUAGUUGAAUGUCGGAACUGUUUCAGCCGUUGCUUUUUA